CAUUGAUAGGUGGCACAGACUGGCACUGAUGGGUGACAUUGAAAGGUAGCUCAGAUGGGCACUGAUAUGUGGCAUUGAUGUGCACUGGUAUGCACUGAUAUGUGGCACUGAUGUGGCACUGAUGGCACUGGCACGUGGCACUGAUGGGCACUGGCACGUGGCACUGAUGAGCACUGACAGGUGGCACUUCUGGGGCCACACUGAUCAUCAGGGCACACUGAUCAUCAGUGCCCUGAUGAUCACUGUCAGCGUGACAGCUCGAGAGGAGAGAAAUGCUGAUAACUGCCAUUUCCGUGUUUACAUGUGU